UCCACUUUCAGGAAGAGAGGGGCCAGUAGUCGCACUGUGUUUUUUUAAUUUAUUUUAAAUUACUUAUUCGCCGCCGCCGUCAUGGCAGCGGCCUCGGUGAUGUGGCGGUGGUUUAGGCAGCAGAUGGCAGCAAUGCGGGAGAUCUGCCGGCAUUAUCCGCUGUUUUGCUUCAUCUUGCUUUCCCUUACUCUGUCCACCAUCCUGCUAUACAGAUACCUCCAUAUUUUUAUGAUCUUCUGGUCAUUUGUGGCGGGUGUUGUUACAUUCUAUUGCCUUUUGGAGCGGGAUACAUUACUCCCAAAUAUUCUAUUUCACAUAAACUACAAGCCCAAGAAGCUGGAAUUGCAAGAACUUUUCCCACAAGGUCAUAGCUGUGCAGUGUGUGGCAAGGUUAAGUGCAAAAGGCAUAGACCUACUCUUCAGCUGGAAAAUUAUCAGCCAUGGCUAGAUCUGAAAGUGCCUUCAAAAGUGGAUGCGUCUCUCUCAGAGGUAUUUGAACUAGUGCUGGAAAACUUUGUUUAUCCUUGGUAUCGGGAAGUAACAGAAGAUGAGUCUUUCGUAGAUGAAAUAAGGCUGGCUUUACGAUUCUUUGCAUCUGUUCUAGUAAGAAGAAUACAAAAGUUGGAUGUUCCAUCACUUAUCACAAAGAAAUUAUUGCAAGCUGCAAUGAAGCACAUUGAAAUUAUUGCAAAAGCAAGGCAAAAAGGUAAAAAUUCUGAGUACCUACAACAGGCUGCUUUGGAGGAAUAUGGGCCUGAUCUCCAUGUUGCACUGAGAAGUCGCAGAGAUGAGAUGUCCUACCUCAGAAAACUUACUGAGCUUCUAUUUCCUUUUAUCUUGCCACCGAAAGCAACAGACAGCAGACCGUUGACAUUGUUGUUAAGAGAAAUCCUAUGUGGAUCCGUGUUUUUGCCUGCAUUAGAUUUCCUGGCAGAUCCAGAUAAUGUGAACAGACUGCUUCUUAUCUUCAUAGACGAUAGUCCGCCAGAAGAAGCAACUGAGCCAGUUUCAAAUCUAGUACCGUUUCUCCAAAAAUUUGCAGAGCCAAAAAACAAGAAUCCUUCAGUGCUGAAACUUGAAUUGAGAGAAAUCCGGUCCGAGCAGGAUCUUUUAUUCCGUUUCAUGAAGUUUUUAAAACAGGAGGGAGCAGUACAUGUUUUACAAUUUUGCUUGACAGUGGAAGAAUUUAAUGACAAAAUUCUCAGACCUGAGUUAUCGGAUGAUGAAAUGCUGUCUCUGCAUGAAGAGGUGAAGAUUAUAUAUCGCACAUACUGCCUGGAAGAAAGCCUUGAUAAAAUAAGUUUUGAUCCUUUCAUUGUUGAGGAAAUUCAAAAUGUUGCUGAAGGUCCUUACAAAGAGGUAGUGAAACUACAAACAAUGCGCUGCCUUUUCGAGGCUUAUGAGCAUGUGCUUUCCCUCUUGGAAAAUGUCUUUACACCUAUGUUUUGUCACAGUGAUGAGUAUUUCAGGCAGCUCCUGGAAGGUGCAGAGUCUCCAACACGCAGCUCAAAAUUUAACAGAAAUAGCCUGAGUUUGGAUGAUAUCCGGACUACUCAAAAAAGGGGAGGAGAACCCUCAGGAAUUGGAAAAAUAGGCCAUAGAAUAAAAGGAGUGUUUAAGAGUUCAACAAUGGAGGGUGCUAUGCUGCCUAACUAUGCAUUGACAGAUGGAGACGAUGUGAUUGAAGAAGGUAUUAUGGUAUCAGAAGAUGAUUCCCCAGUGGAGGUUCUUACUGCAACAACACCAAACACACCACGCAAUCUCUCCGCCUGGAAAAUCAGUAUACCAUAUGUGGACUUUUAUGAUGAUACUUACCUUGAAAAGAGAGACAGAAAAGAGAGAAUUCCUGUGUAUUGUAUAGAUGUGGAGCGGAAUGAUAGAAUAGCAGUGGGCCAUGAAGCUGAACACUGGUCAGUGUGCAGAAAGUACAUUGAAUUUUAUGUGCUGGAAUCAAAGCUCACUGAAUUCCAUGGUUCUUUUCCUGAUGCACAACUUCCUUCAAAAAGAAUAAUUGGACCAAAAAAUUAUGAAUUUCUAACAUCCAAGAGAGAAGAAUUUCAGGAAUACUUACAGAAUCUUUUACAACAUCCAGAGCUAAGUAAUAGCCAACUGUUAGCAGAUUUUUUAUCCCCCAACAGUUUGGAAACACAGUUUCAUGACAAGAUCUUACCAGACGUGAACUUUGGGAAAAUGAUCAAAUCAGUUCCAGGAAAGCUCAUUAAAGAGAAAGGACAACAUUUGGAGCUAUUUAUCAUGACUUUUAUAAACUCCUGUGAAUCUCCAAAACCCAAACCAAGUCGACCGGAACUGACAAUUCUUAGUCCCACCUCUGAAAAUAAUAAAAAGCUCUUCAAUGAUCUUUACAAGAACAAUGCCAAUCGAUCUGAGAAUACAGAAAGAAAGCACAAUCAAAACUACUUUAUGGAAGUGAUGACUGUAGAGGGUGUUUAUGAUUAUCUAAUGUAUAUUGGACGUGUUGUCUUCCACAUGCCUGACUGGUUUCAUCAUUUGUUGAUGGGUGGACGAAUUCUUUUCAAAGAAACACUUGAGACCUACACAGACUACUAUCUACAACGUAAACUGGGCCAAUUAAUUCAGGAGCAUCGUUUGGUUUCACUGAUUACACUACUUAGAGAUGCCGUGUUCUGUGAAACUACAGAACCAAGAUCUUUAAAUGCUAAACAGAAACGAGCAAAGUUGACCUUUGAGGAAAUGAUGCGUUACAUUCCAGACUUAAUAGGGAAGUGUAUAGGCGAUGACGCAAAAUAUGAAGGUAUUAGACUACUGUUCGAUGGUCUUCAGCAGCCAGUACUGAACAAGCAGCUAUCUUAUGUUCUUCUGGAUAUUGUCAUGUUGGAAAUUUUCCCAGAGCUCAGCAAGUCACAGAAGGAGGUUUUGGCUGCACCAUCCUGGGUUUGAGGAAAAAGAAGGGGGGAGAGCGAACUUUGUGAAAACAAGCUUUAUCAAGCCAGGACAGCAACGUCAACAAAACAUUUCCCUAACCUGAACUUUACCAGAGUCUGUGACUUCUACUUUACAGAAAAGAAAUUGUGAUAGCACGCACACAAUGAAAACUGUGCUGUCUUUUCUCUCCUUAGGAAAGGAAUGCUGCAUGAUGCUGUGGCAACCUGCACUUGCUAAGAGUGUAAUAUACUGUAUUAAUAAAGUGGAGAAUUUUCUUUGUACAUUACUUUGUAAAUAUUUCCAGUGUGUAUAUCCUACUCAACUACUGAUAGAAUAAAGUUACAGUGACAAUUUAA